AUCAGCUGUGUCCAAUCACAGCUGAUCACAUGGGACAUGUACACUGAUCAUCAGGGCACUGAUGAUCAGUGUGCCCUGAUGAUCAGUGUAGCCCCAGCAGUGCCAGCUAUCAGUGUCCAUCAUGCCACAUCAAUGCCACAUAUCAGUGCCUACCAGUGCACAUCAAUGCCACAUAUCAGUGCCCAUCUGAGCUGCCUUUCAGUGCCACCCAUCAGUGCCACCUAUCAGUGCUGCCAAUCAGUGCCACCUAAUAGUGCGCAUCAGUGCCGCCUAUCAGUGCCAUGUGUCAGUGCUGCCUUUCAGUGCCCAUCAGUGAUGCCUGUUAAUGCCCAUCAGUGCCGCCUAUCA